AUGAGUGUACCGCUGUCCCUGCGCUCGGCCCUUCGGCCCUGCGGAGCAGUUCCCAGCGUUUAUCCAGGGAGGUCCCUUUUGACUGUCAAGCAUUCUUUGGUGCAACUGCGACACACUCCUAUCCUGGUAAAUCGGUACAAUGGCUUUGAGCUGUCCUCGUUGUCGAAAACACCCCAGACCCCCAAAAGAUAUGCAAGUAGCUCGUCUGCAGCGUCACCGGUUCCUGUCGUCCCUUAUUCAUCUUUGACUAUCGGUGUACCUCGCGAGAUUUAUCCGAAUGAGCGCCGUGUCGCCAUUACACCUCAAAAUGUUGCUCUGCUAUUCAAGAAAGGCUUUUCGCGCAUACUGGUAGAGCGUGGCGCUGGUGAAGAAGCCCAGCUACAUGACCAAGCCUUUGAGCAAGCGGGAGCGACGCUGGUCGACCGAGACACUGUCUGGUCUCAGAGCAAUAUCAUCCUGAAAGUUCGCAGUCCUCAGCGACAUGGUCCCACCAAUGAGGUCGCUGCCCUCCGCCAGGGAAGCACACUUAUCUCGUUUCUGUAUCCGGCACAGAGCCAGCCCUUGGUUGAGGAACUUGCCUCGCGUGGUGUCAAUUCGUUUGCUAUGGACAUGAUACCAAGAAUAUCUCGCGCACAAACAUACGAUGCUCUCAGUUCUAUGGCCAAUAUUGCUGGAUAUAAAGCCGUCUUGGAAGCUUCUAACUAUUAUGGUCGAUUCCUGACAGGACAGGUUACUGCUGCCGGCAAGGUAUUGGUCAUCGGGGCUGGUGUGGCUGGAUUGAGUGCGAUUGUCUCGGCACGUCGGAUGGGUGCUAUUGUACGAGGAUUCGAUACCCGCUCUGCUGUCCGCGAACAGGUGCAGUCCCUAGGAGCGGAGUUCAUCGAGGUGGAUCUCCACGAAGAAGGUUCAGGCCAAGGUGGGUAUGCCAAAGAGAUGUCCAAGGAGUUUAUUGAAGCAGAGAUGAAGCUCUUCAUGGAACAAUGCCGGGAAGUGGACAUCAUUAUUACCACGGCUCUCAUUCCAGGGAAGCCUGCACCUAAGCUCAUUACCAAAGAGAUGGUCGAUGUUAUGAAACCUGGAUCUGUCAUCGUUGACCUUGCGGCGGAGGCAGGUGGCAACUGCGAAGCAACUGUUCCUGGGAAAUUAACAAAGUAUAAAGAUAUCACUGUCAUUGGAUAUACCGAUCUUCCAUCGCGUCUACCGACUCAAUCAUCUACAUUGUACUCCAACAACAUUACAAAGUUCCUGUUGUCUAUGAACCCCCAAGACAAGUCAUUCGGUAUAGAUCUGUCUGAUGAGGUAGUUCGCGGUUCGAUCGUUACUUUCAAUGGAGAAAUACUCCCUCCUGCUCCACGCCCCGCACCGCUACCUGCCCACAAACCGGAAAUUGCUACACCUGUAAAGGAACAAGCGGGACUGUCGUUGUCACCUUGGCGUAGGGCGACACGCGACGUUGCAACCACAACUGCGGGCAUGGGAACUGCCCUUGCUCUGGGCAAGGCUACGGGUCCCAUAUUCAUGGGCAACAUGCUAACCUUUGGACUUGCCGGUUUGGUGGGUUACCGUGCGGUAUGGGGUGUUGCACCGGCACUUCACUCUCCCUUGAUGAGUGUUACUAAUGCGAUCUCGGGAAUGGUUGGCAUCGGUGGCUUCUUCAUUAUGGGUGGAGGGUAUGUGCCCAGCACGAUACCGGAGGCUCUGGGAGCCGCCUCGGUCUUGUUGGCAUUCAUGAAUGUAUCUGGGGGCUUUGUAAUUACCAAACGCAUGCUGGACAUGUUUAGACGCUCAACGGACCCUCCUGAAUACCCAUGGCUAUAUGCCGUACCAGCCGUUCUGUUUGGCGGCGGAUUUAUUGCCGCUGCUAGUACUGGAACGGCGGGACUGGUGCAAGCUGGCUAUCUCGUCAGCAGCUUGCUUUGUAUUGCCUCGAUUUCGGGCCUUGCAUCACAACAAACUGCCAGGCGCGGUAAUAUCCUUGGUAUUCUGGGAGUAGCUGCUGGAAUCCUUGCUUCUCUUGCAGCUGUAGGGUUCUCUCCUGAAACUCUGACCCAGUUCGGUACUGUAGCCGGCGUGGGUGCACUUGUUGGGGCAUUAAUCGGACGGCGGAUCACACCGACCGGGCUUCCUCAGACUGUGGCUGCCUUGCAUUCGGUGGUUGGACUAGCGGCGGUGCUUACGAGUAUAGGCAGCGUGAUGGCUGAGAUCUCUCACAUCUCGACAUUGCACAUGGUGACGGCAUAUCUGGGUGUUUUGAUUGCAGGUGGUGUCACUUUCACUGGGUCAAUAGUGGCCUUCUUGAAACUCUCUGGUCGCGUGUCUUCGAGGCCUAUGAUUCUACCGGGCCGACACUUGAUAAAUUCAACCCUACUAGGAUCCAAUGUGGCUACAAUGGGAGCAUUCAUUACGAUGGCACCGGGAUCUCCUCUAAUUGCAGCAACGUGUUUAGGUGCAAACACUGCGCUCAGUUUCUUGAAGGGCUAUACUACGACUGCUGCCAUUGGCGGAGCUGAUAUGCCUGUCGUAAUUACCGUCCUCAAUGCUUAUUCUGGGUUCGCCUUGGUUGCGGAAGGCUUCAUGCUCAAUAACCCCCUACUUACCAGCGUGGGCUCUUUGAUCGGUGUCAGCGGUUCAAUUCUGUCUUACAUUAUGUGUGUCGCAAUGAAUCGAUCUCUCACCAAUGUCCUCUUUGGUGGAAUCGCAGCUCCCAAACAAGCGAAGAAAAUCGAAGGCCAAGUGACCCAGACAACUAUCGAUGACACUGUAGAGGCGCUGUCACACGCAGAAAGCGUCAUCAUUGUCGUUGGUUAUGGAAUGGCCGUAGCAAAGGCCCAGUAUGCCCUAGCUGAAAUCGUGGAUGUGUUGCGCUCAAAGGGCAUCAAAGUUCGGUUCGCAAUACACCCAGUUGCAGGCCGGAUGCCCGGUCAAUGCAACGUGCUCCUGGCCGAAGCCUCAGUGCCAUACGAUAUCGUGCUCGAGAUGGAUGAAAUCAACGAUGACUUCCCUGACACGGACGUUACCCUUGUCAUCGGCGCCAAUGAUACAGUGAAUCCCAGCGCCUUGGAACCUGAUUCUCCAAUCUCAGGCAUGCCAGUGCUGCACGCAUGGAAGAGCAAGGAGGUGUUUGUGAUGAAACGCAGCAUGUCCAGCGGAUACGCCGACGUGCCCAAUCCAAUGUUUUUUAUGCCCGGAACGAGGAUGCUAUUCGGAGAUGCGAAGACGUCUUGUGAUGCUAUCAAAAGCGCUCUUGAAGCACGUAAAUAG